AUUGGUUGAAAUGGAGUAGGGUUUAAUCACUGAAUCUUCUUCCUUUGAACAUGGAUCUCCUCAGCUAAUCAAUUUUCUCCAAAACCCCAAAUCUCAAUUUCCAAUUUUGAUCCGAUCCAUCAAAUUCGUCCAAUGGUCGCAGCGAAAAUGGAGAAAUCCGCUGCGGAUCUGCCGGCGUCUCCGGGAUUGAGCUCGGUGCUCAAAUCUCUGAAGCUGAAGACGAAGCAGCAGGAGCUCCUGAUCCGCGUCUCAGUCCUCUUCCUGGUUUACCUCUUGGCGUUCAUCACUCGUCUAUUUAGCAUCUUGCGCUACGAGAGCAUGAUCCACGAGUUUGACCCCUAUUUCAAUUACCGAGUCACUCAGUUCUUGACUCAGAACGGCUUCUAUGAGUUCUGGAACUGGUUCGAUUACGAGAGCUGGUAUCCGCUUGGGAGGAUUGUUGGCGGGACUCUCUAUCCCGGUCUCAUGGUCACUGCUGCCUUCAUUUACUGGACUCUUCGGUUUCUCCGGUUUGCUGUUCACAUUCGUGAAGUUUGUGUGCUCACUGCACCAUUUUUUGCUGCCAACACCACUAUUGUAGCUUACUUCUUUGGGAAAGAAUUAUGGGAUUCUGGAGCUGGACUUGUAGCAGCUGUAUUAAUUGCCAUAUGCCCUGGUUACAUCUCGAGGUCGGUGGCUGGAUCGUAUGAUAACGAGGGUGUUGCUAUAUUUGCCUUGCUACUUACAUUCUAUCUGUUUGUUAAGGCAGUGAAUACAGGCUCACUUGCUUGGGCCCUGGCCUCAGCUUUUGGGUACUUCUACAUGGUUUCGGCGUGGGGUGGUUAUGUGUUCAUUAUUAAUCUGAUCCCACUAUAUGUGUUGGUUUUAUUGAUUACUGGAAGAUACUCAAUGAGAUUAUACGUAGCUUAUAAUUGCAUGUAUGUGCUGGGAAUGUUACUAGCUAUGCAGAUCCGUUUUGUGGGCUUUCAACAUGUUCAGUCUGGAGAACACAUGGCAGCAAUGGGGGUGUUUUUCUUGAUUCAGGUUUUUAAUUUCUUGGAUUGGGUCAAAUACCUGCUAGAUGACCCAAAGAAAUUCCACACAUUCCUGAGGUUCACAGUGACUAGUGCAGUAGGUUUGGGUGCAGUAGCUCUGGGAGUUGGCACUGCUUCUGGGUAUAUAUCUCCAUGGACUGGUCGAUUUUAUUCUCUCCUGGAUCCCACCUAUGCAAAGGAUCACAUUCCAAUAAUUGCGUCUGUCUCUGAGCAUCAGCCAACAGCUUGGUCCUCGUUCAUGUUUGAUUUUCAUAUAUUGUUGUUCCUCUUCCCAGCUGGUCUGUAUUUCUGCUUCAAACGUUUGUCGGAUGCCACGAUAUUCAUAGUGAUGUAUGGUCUCACUAGUAUGUACUUUGCUGGAGUCAUGGUGCGGUUGAUCCUUGUGGCAACACCUGCAGUAUGCCUUAUUAGUGCUAUUGCGGUCUCAGCUACUGUAAAAAAUCUAACUCAGCUGGCGAGGUCAAAGAGCAAGCCUGCUCCUGCAGGCUCUAGUAAGGGAGCAAGUAACACCAAAGCUUCAUCUAAGGGUUCCCUAGACCAAUCUAUGCCUUUUGGAAGAAAUGGUGCUAUUGCCUUGCUUCUUGGAGCAUUGUACUUGCUAAGCAGAUAUGUUAUCCAUUGUACGUGGGUUACAUCAGAGGCAUACUCUUCCCCAUCAAUUGUCUUGGCCGCCAGAGGUGCCCAUGGCCAAAGGGUGAUAUUUGAUGACUACCGUGAAGCAUACUUUUGGCUACGACAGAAUACACCUCCAGAUGCCAAGGUGAUGUCUUGGUGGGAUUAUGGUUACCAGAUUACAGCCAUGGGGAACAGAACUGUGAUUGUUGAUAACAACACUUGGAAUAACACACACAUUGCUACCGUUGGACGUGCUAUGUCAUCUUAUGAAGAUGAAGCAUACGAGAUUAUAAAAUCACUUGACGUUGAUUAUGUUUUAGUUGUUUUCGGGGGUGUAACUGGCUAUUCUUCAGAUGAUAUUAACAAAUUUUUGUGGAUGGUGAGAAUUGGUGGUGGAGUAUUUCCUGUAAUUAAGGAGCCUGAUUACCUUGUUAAUGGAGAGUAUCGUGUUGACAAAGGUGGAGCUCCAAAGAUGUUGAAUUGUCUAAUGUACAAGCUUUGCUACUAUCGAUUUGGUGAGCUGACAACAGAAUAUGGGAAGCCUCCUGGGUAUGACAGGGCUCGGGGUGUUGAAAUCGGAAACAAAGACAUAAAGCUGGAACACUUGGAAGAGGCAUUUACAACGUCGAACUGGAUAGUUAGGAUAUACAAGGUCAAACCGCCAAACAAUAGAUGGUGAUCACUUCUACGUUGCAGAGCAUAUGCAUAGGACCAUUUUGGAUUCGGAAUUUUCUUUUUGUAACGUUCAGAGAUCCAGAAUUCUUGUUGCACUGAUACCUCGUUUCUGUAAGCUGAAUCUACGUAGUAACUAAGUAGUUCCUUAUGGUUGA